CUACCACACAUACCAAACUUUAAUACUUCUUGUCAAAUACCAACAUACAUUCUACCAUCAUGGCACCAUCAGACCUCGCACAACUCCUCGAAAUGGGGUUCGAGCAGGAGAGAGCAGAGCUUGCAGUGAAGAAGACUGGUGGUCUCCAAGGUGCAAUGGACUGGCUCGAGACCAACCAGGAUAAGCCUAUCGAAGAACUCCGAGCUCCUGCAGCCAACGACGACGAGACGAAUCCCAGCAUCGAGCCCGCUGCUUUGAAGGAGGGCGAAGUCGCAAAGUCUCUUGUCUGCGACGAUUGCGGGAAGAGAUUCCGAAGUGAGGCCCAAGCCAGCUUCCAUGGCGAUAAGACUGGCCACGAGAACUACUCCGAGAGCACGGAAGAGAUUGCGCCCUUGACCGAAGAGGAGAAGAAGCAGCGUUUGGAGGAGCUUCGGGAGAAGAUGAAGGAGAAGAAGGCCAAGCAGGCUAUCAUUGACAAGGAGGAGCAGAAGCGGAACGAGAAAAUCCGAAUGAAGUCAACCAAGGAGGUCCAAGAUGCGAAGGAGGAGCUCGCCAAGAACGAACAGAUCAAGGCCGCUGCGAAGAAGCGUCAAGAGAAGCUCGACGACAUGGCAGCCAAGAAGCGUAUCCAGGACAAGAUCGCCGCCGACAAGGAAGCUCGUCGCCUGAAAGCAGAGACCGAGAAGGCAAACCGUGAGGGACGCCAAGCUCCCAUUCAAGCUGAGGUGCCAGAUGCCCCAGUUGUGUCAACUGGUCCACGAAAGGAGGCUACCGAGGCUAGACUUCGACUCCAAACAAACGGAGGUACCGUCAUGAAGACCUUUCCUGUCGACACCACACUUUUCGAAGUUGGACAGGCGCUUGAGACGGAGAACGGUGGACCAGUUGAGAGCUUCACUAUGACUUUCCCACGGAAGGUCUUCUCUGGCAGUGUCGAUUUCGGAAAGACUCUGAAGGAGGCUGGUUUGGUACCAAGUGCGGUCCUGAUUGUCAAGUAGAAACCAAAUUCCACGGUGUUUCUGGAGGCGGGGUGCAUAUUUCCUUUUGCGAUUAUUUUGGCAUGGCGGGGUCGGGAUGCAUGGAUGGAGUUGUGGAGCGUUGCGCUUUUUUUUUCCGCUUUAAUUUUUCACAUUAGCAUAGGUAACAGACAUCUACCUAUUAGGCCAGCCAGAUACUAAAAAGAAGCUUUCUGAGAGCAAG